CGCAGUGAGAUCGCGUUCAAAGGUUUGUUUGACAUGUCAGAGCCAACAUGGGCGUCAUCAUGUGCCCAGUUUCACGGAGUGUGCGGUCGGUUCCAUUGUUGAUCGCGCCACUGGUGGCUCACAGUGUGCUUUAUCAUGGCGGAGGCAGGACAGGCGGAAUCAGAGCAGGAAAUCGAGACCAAGAUCGAAGAAACGCGGCAGAGGUUUAAAAGCGAGUAUGUUGGAGAGUCCCAAGACAAAUAUGACAGCAGAGACGUGGAGAGACUCUUCAAAGAUGACGCUCUGGUUGAAGGCUACCUCACAUGGAGACAGUUUGUUGUGGAAGACACCUUGAAGAUGAUCGACGAGAGCUUACAGUGGAGGAAAGAGUUUACCCUGAACGACCUCACCGAGAGCAGUAUUCCCAGAUGGAUGUUUGAGAGCGGAGCAGUUUUCCUUCAUGGAUACGACAAAGAAGGAAACAAACUCUUCUGGUUCAAAGUGAAGCUGCACAUUAAAGAUGCCAAGAUGAUAUUGGAUAAGAAGCGCUACGUGGCCUUCUGGUUGGAGCGCUACGCUAAACGUGAGCCUGGGAUGCCGCUGACGGUCGUGUUCGACAUGUCUGAGUCUGGACUCAGUAAUAUAGACAUGGACUUUGUGAAGUAUAUUAUCAACUGCUUCAAAGUGUACUAUCCAAAGUUUCUUUCCAAAAUGAUCAUGUACGAGAUGCCUUGGAUCAUGAAUGCUGCCUGGAAGAUAGUGAAGACGUGGCUGGGCCCCGAAGCUAUCAGUAAGCUCAAGUUUGUCAACAAGAGUGAGAUCCAGACAUACGUCGGCCCCGAGCACCUUCCACCACACAUGGGAGGAACGGACCAAUUCAAAUACAGUUAUCCGCCUCUGCCGGAUGAUGACUUCCAGUCCCCAAUCUGUGAAAAUGGUCCAAUCGUAAGUGAAGAUGAGAGUGACAUCAAAGAUAUCGAAUCUGAGUCCAAAGAGACUCUCGAAUCCAGUUUCAAUUCAGAGCUAUCAAUCAAAACCCCCAAGAAGGUGAAUUUCUCCGAAGACGGUCUGAAGUCUGAAGAUCUGGACCGAGGAGAACCUGGACGACUGAGAGGAGCUAGAAAACCUACCACCACAUUCAAGGGCACAUUACUGGACAUCAGUCCAUCAGAAGAGCUCCGAUUCGGUGCUAAAGAAUCAGAGAAGAGGUGUCUGAUCAUCCUCAACAACGUCACCAAAAACCAGGUGGCCUUUAAGGUGCGGACGACGGCUCCAGAGAAGUACCGUGUGAAGCCCAGUAACAGCAGCUGUGAGCCCGGAGCCAGCGUGGAAAUCGUGGUCUCACUUCAUGGAGGCUACCAGGCGUCUCCUCAGGACAGGUUUCUGGUGAUGGCAGCAGAGAUGGAGAGCAGCGCUGGAGCCAGUGUCUCGGAGCUCGCUCAGUUCUGGAAGGAGGUUUCUAAAGCUAAAGUCAUGGAGCACAGGCUUCGCUGUCACCUGCUCGAGAGCCCCAAGCCUAUUCUGAGUAACUGGUCUGGGAGUCCAUCAGUGACGACGAGCGGCGAGCACCAGGACCUGCAGAGCACGCUGAUGCGUGUGCUGGCCACAAACUCUCGUCUGGAGCAGAAGCUGGACGCGUGUGUGUGGACACAGAAGGUGCUGGUGCUCAUGGUGUCGUUUCUGCUGGCCCUCACGUCCUACUCGCUCUGGACCUCGUGAAGAUCCCAAUCACCGGCUUUUAUCACAAUACACCACGCUGUAAUUUAUCACCACCGUGCAGAGCUCUUAUAAGAUCAUGCACAUGUAAUUAACUCACUCUGAUUUUAAUAUUAUAUAUAUAUAUAGUAUUUUAUAAAAGUAUGAAUGUGUGACCAAUAAAACAACACUUUUGCUAUGCA